ACCUGUCCGGACGUGCACGGUCCUAGUGACCACGCGGUGUGAUAUUAUAAUUAGUGUCGGUUAGACCAUCCUCGUGAAGGCUUCACAAUUUUGGCACCGAAUAGGUCAAUUUCAUUCGUAACUAUCCAUAUGAUUCAAAGCUUCAUUGAAAUGCUGCGUGGACAAACGUUUUGGUGCGUGAUAGUGUUGUUCAUCUGUAGGUGGCAAACAUCUAUGGCUCAGUUACCUGGAGUACAAAGUAUCAUACAAUUCUACCGGGACGGUGAUGAACGUUUGAAGUAUGAAAAGCCCGAUCAGCGACCCUUGCUGCCCGAGUACGAUUUCAUCAUUGUUGGUGGUGGAUCUGCCGGCUGUGUUUUGGCAAACCGACUCACAGAAAUAUCCCAUUGGUCGGUGCUGCUGAUCGAAGCUGGGCCGCGCGAGAACCUUUUGAUGGAUAUACCAAUGUUUGCACAUUACCUGCAGACAUACAGCACCGUAAAUUGGGAUUAUCGUACGAAGCCAAGCAAUCAGUGCUGUUUGGCGUUUAAGAACAAUCAAUGCCGCCUUCCUCGGGGCAAAGUGAUGGGCGGCUCAAGCGUUCUUAACUACAUGAUCUACACCCGCGGCAAUCGCCGAGACUAUGAUGCGUGGGCAGCAAAAGGAAAUGCUGGCUGGUCCUUCAAUGAUGUGCUGCCGUACUUCCAAAAGCUGGAAAAAAAUAUCGUUCCUGACUCUCACCCUAUGUACGCUGGUCGCAAUGGCCCCGUCACGAUAUCAUAUCCCAGCUAUCGCACCAGCGUGGCUCGCGCGUUUGUGAAAGCAAACAUGGAAUUAGGCCUGCCCUACGUUGACUAUAACGGACCCAGCCAGAUCGGAACAUCCUUUAUUCAAAGUACCACAAAGAAUGGCCAGCGUGUAUCCUCCAACAACGCCUAUCUUUACCCGAUACGAAACCGAACCAAUUUGCAUAUUAUUCGAAACGCUCACGUCACAAAGAUUUUGCUCAAUCGUGAUACGAAGAGGGCCACAGGUGUUCAGUUCUAUGCGAACCAUCGCUAUCAAAAGGUUCGUGCUCGUCGUGAAGUGAUUGUUUCCGCUGGGGCUAUAGGUUCGCCACACCUGCUCAUGCUGUCCGGUAUCGGUCCGGCCAAGCAUCUACGCCUGAAAGGUAUACAACCUUUGGCAAAUCUUGCUGUCGGGUUUAACUUUCAAGAUCAUGUGGCGGGUGGAGCAUUAACGUUUCUCAUCAAUCACACGGAAACGCUCUCUUCGAAACGUAUUUUUACGCUGGAAAAAUUCAUGGAAUACGAACACCAACACACAGGUAUGAUGGCGUCUACUGGAGCGUGUGAGGCGAUCAGUUUUCACGACACAACUCAACCACCCAAUCGCGCCAACGAAGCUGGUUGGCCAGAUCUGGAACUGCUAUUGAUCGGAGGGACGCAAGCGGCCGAUCGUAUUUACGAAUCAAACUUUAACUACAAACCGGAAAUCUUUAACGCCCUAUUCGGUGAUAUUGAGCGACGCGGACUGGAGGGAUACACAGUAUUCCCGAUGAUUUUACGACCCCGCAGCAAGGGUCGAAUACGGUUGGCCAGUGCUGAUCCCUUUGAACAUCCUAUUAUUCAACCUAACUACCUCGGAGAUCCGUAUGACUUGGAGGUUUCGGUGCGUGGGAUUCGUAAGGCGAUUGAGCUCACGAAAACUAACACGCUCAAAAGUUUCGAUGCCCGGUUGCUCGACAUUCCGAUACCGGGAUGUGAGCAGCACAGAUUUGACACCGACGAUUAUUGGAAGUGCUUUACGCGACACGUGACGUACACGAUCUACCACCACGUGGGUACGUGUAAGAUGGGCCCGGCAAGUGAUAGGCUAGCGGUGGUUGAUCCCCGUCUGCGUGUGCACGGUGUGAAGGGAUUGCGGGUGAUCGAUGCUAGCGUCAUGCCGGAUAUUCCGGCGGCUCAUACCAACGGACCAACGAUCAUGAUUGCUGAAAAGGGUGCCGAUAUAAUAAAAGAAGACUGGAGUAUAAGGGUAACCUAGUGAAUGGUUAAGAAUUGUUGUUUGAUAUAUCAGCAG